CUACACUUCUUUUUUUCUCUACUCAUCAUGUCUCGCUACGAUCACUAUCCCGAGAAUGUCGGCAUCCUUGCCCUCGAAAUGUACUUCCCAUCAAGAUGUGUCGAACAGACUGCUAUGGAAGUAUAUGAUGGUGUCAGCACUGGAAAGUACACCAUCGGUCUUGGACAGGACAAGAUGGCCUUUAUCGACGACAGAGAAGAUAUUCAGUCCAUUUGCUUGACUGCUGUCCACAACUUGAUGGAGAAGUACAACAUUGCCUACACAGACAUUGGCAGACUUGAAGUUGGUACCGAAACCAUCAUUGAUAAGUCCAAGUCUGUCAAGACUACCUUGAUGACCUUGUUUGCUGAGCACGGCAACUACGAGAUCGAAGGUAUCGACACCACAAAUGCAUGCUAUGGUGGCUUCAGCGCAUUCUCCAACGCUGUCAACUGGAUCGAGUCUUCCUCCUGGGAUGGUCGUUAUGCUAUUGUGAUUGCAGGUGACCUUGCUCUCUAUGCUUCGGGUGCUGCUCGCCCCACAUCAGGUGCUGGUGUGGUUGCCAUGUUGGUUGGCAAGGAUGCCCCCAUUGUCCUCGAGCGUGGUCUGCGUAGCACUUAUAUGGAUCAUGCCUACGACUUUUACAAGCCUGACAUGCAUUCCGAGUAUCCCAUUGUCGACGGAAAGUUCUCCAACGUCUGCUACAUCCGUGCCUUUGAUGCCUGUUACAACAACUACAUGAAGCGUCUCUCCAAGACCAUUAAGAAGGAUGUUACCAGCAUGGAGGAUGUCGACUAUGUUGUUUGCCACUCCCCAUACGCCAAGUUGGUUACCAAGUCAUUUGCUCGUUCGGCUUAUAAUGAUUUCAUGGCAGAUAAAAAGAACCCCAAGUAUGCUGCUCUUGCUCCCUUUGAAGAGCUUGCCUACGAAGCCUCCCUCGAGAACCGUGAUCUUGAGAAAGCCACUGCCACUCUUACCAAGGCUGGCUAUGCUCAGAAGGUUGGACCUGCCGCCUAUGCUCCCAAGCAGAUUGGUAACAUGUAUGCCGGUGCUGUCUGGGCUGGUCUCGCCUCUCUUGUGUCCGAAGUUGAGGUUGAUACCCUGAAGGACAAGCGUGUCCUCCUCUACUCCUAUGGUUCUGGCUUGGCUGCCUCCAUGGUUUCCUUCCGUGUUGUGGGCUCCACUGCUGAUAUCAAAGCCAAGCUGAACCUCCGUCAGCGCCUUGAUGCCCGUACACACUCCAAGCCCGAAGCCUUUGCCGAAGCUAUGCAGAUCCGUGAAAACACUCACAAUGCAUGCAACUAUAACCCCAUUGGCAGCCUCGAACAUAUUGCCCCUGGCGCGUACUAUGUUGACAAGAUUGAUGACAAGUGGAGACGCUUCUACAAGCGUAAAGAUUAAGGAAUAAUUUAUCAAAGUCAAAAGAGAAGCCUGUCUAUAGUCAUCCUUUCUUUAUUUUAUUUUUUUAUAUUUACUUUUUAUAUUUCUUUUAUAGUUCCUUUCAUCUUCUCUGCUCUUCUUUUUAUCCAUAUACUCCAAUAAUAAUCAUCUUUACACAUCUAAAUUUUUACACC